AUGGCUGCCCCGCGACGGGCCGUCACUCAAGGGCGCGGCGGCGCGUUCUCCACGGCGGCGGGGCUUCUCCCCGUGCUCGUCCUCGCAUUGCUGCUCCAGGCGCCCUCCGCGUCCGCCCGCCACUGGUUCUGGAACGACGGCCUCUUCCCCGUCGCCGCGAAGCCCGCCACUCUCACUGCCGCGGAGUCCGACGGACCGGCAGAGGUGGCUGCUGGGCAGCCAGUUUCAGCAGUCCCGGCGCCAGCUCCGGCGGCGCCGGCGCCGGCGCCGGCUCCUGCGGUAUCGUGCCACGACGCCCCUCUGAACGGAUUCAUCGCAGCCGGAGCCGCGCCCGACCCGUGUGCUGCGCUGGCAGCGGAGCUGAAUCGCACUGCGGGGAAACUUGGGGACAAGACUGGAGGGCAAGGAUUCGCUGCUCCUUCUCUCUUCCGCGCGUGCCACUCCACGUUCCUGUUCAGGAAGGACUGCGACGUGGAGGACCUGCUGUCGAUCGCGAACGCGUUCGACAAUCACUACGUGUACAAGCACAUCGCCGUUGACUCGCCGGACCAGACCAACCUGCCGAGCAGCAUCGAUAUUGUCGCGGACCUGCGGAAAAUCGUCGCGAACGCCAAAGCGGGAAAGUACCCUCGGCUGGUUGACGCGCACAUGGCGGCGUUCCGCGCGACCAACGCGCUCAACGACGGGCACAGCGCGUUCCAUCCGACUUGCUUCGGAGGGAGCAGUUACGACUUGCCGUUGCCGCUCAUGGCUGUUGUUGAAAACGGGCAGCAGAUCAUUCGCGUUGCGCCACGCCGAUAUGUCACUCCCAACGGGUUGGACCAUGUUGCAAAGGUUCUGCACAAUUUUGACUUCAGUCUGUACGAGGGCCAACAGGUGGUGGCUAUCAACGGGGAAAAGGCGGAAGAUUUCAUCCUGAACUGGGCGGACAAGGAAGGGGGCAUGUUUCGCAAUCGGGCUGCGCGAUUCACGAAAUCUUUCGCGGCGAAUAUAGUGGAUGGGUCGUCGGGGGAGACAGGCAUCGUCCAGGUGCCAGGCGACUUCGCCCGGCGAGCCUAUGCUCCCGAAAAUGACACCUUACUGGUGUCGUUCGCAAUCGAAAAGAGUGCUUCGACGGAGGACGUUCAGGUGGCAUGGAUCGGGACAGGAAACCUGACUGCUUUCACAAACGCCACGGAAUACUGGGCGACGUUCUGUGCCGUGGAGCCAUCAAGCAAUGCCACUGACGGCACUAGCGCGCACGCAAGCACGCUCGGACUCCAUGGACACGGACAUGCAGCAGACACACCAGUGAUCUACAAGUUUCUCAAGCGCCACCCCGAUCCAGUUUACUAUGAUGAUACCAGCGAUGGCAGCGGCAACCUGAAUGUCGAGAUUGCGUCGCUUUCUGCUGCAGCAGCAAACGGCUCUUCUGGUGCAGUACGGGGGCCGACUGUAACGAGGAUCUCACCCAAGGAUGACCUUUUCCUGGUGAGCGAGUUGGUUUCAGUCGUUGGGGUGAAUGCUGGUGGUUGUGUACCUGAUGGACAACAGCCGGCCGUGAUCUGGCUGCACACGUUCAGUGACGACAUCAAGGAUGACGUCAUGGACCAGGAGGUCACCAAGGCUCUUCAAACCGCAGCAGCGUCAGUACCUCCCUCCACUUGUCCGCCCUCGUUUCCCCCUCUUGCUCAUUGCCCCAUGAUCCUUUCCAUGUCUCCUCCCUUGCCCCCACAUGCAUUCCUCCAAGCAUUCCCCAUGUGCUCCCCAUGUGCUCCCCAUGUGCUCCCCAUGUGCUCCCCAUCCAUCCCCUCAUGUGUUCCCGCCCGCCCUGACCUCAUGCCUCCCCCCAUGCGUUCCCCCAUGUCUCUCCCCAUAUGUCCCCCCCAUGCGUCCCCCCACACUCCCCCCAUGCCCCUCCCUUCUUCAGGUCCAACGCCCUCUCAGGUCAUCAUAGACGUGCGGGGCAACGGUGGCGGAUCCACGGUGGCAUCAUACACAGCCAUCCGCCUGCUCAUGGGGGCAGCCAAGGUCCCCGACGCAAGCUUCACCAUGCCCAUGGAUUUCAUCAUCGGCUCGCAGUACACCGAGAACGCCAUCGGCCUGCUCGCUGUCAACGCGGCCUCUCUCUACUUCAUCGACGCAUACUCCGACCUCAACGGAACGAAUCUCACAAGCGUGUUUGGCUACGCUCCUUUCCGCGAGCGCCGCUUCACAGCGGCCGGCCCGGCUGGAAACUACUCGGCGCCGUUCAAGAUGACCGACAGAUUCACCGGGAAGGAGCGGCAGCCGGUGUUUGGCGGCCGGCCCUUCCUGGUCCUGUCGGACGGAAACUGCUUCUCUGCCUGCGCCAUCCUCACGCACGUCCUGGGGAAACGCCACAAAGUGCCCAUGGUAACCGUGGGUGGUUUGCCCAACCAGCCCCCUGAUGUGGGCUCCUCGUGCCUCGGGUUCACCCUGAUGAACUUCGCUGACAUGGCCGCGAGUCUCCGCCAGCUUUCUGCCAUGGCGCCAGACAGCGCGUCGCUGCCUCUCAACGUGAAAGGGACGAUUGCCAUGGCGCUUACUAACGGGUAUGUGGAUUCGGAGAUUCCGUGUGAGUUUGAGUUUCUGCCCAGCCAGCAUCACAUCAACUACACCGUUGAUCUCAUUGACAAGCCCUGGGCCAUGUGGAAUGAGGUGGCCAAACUCUUUGGCUCUGCUGCUGCCUAG